AUGACGGUGAUUCAAAAAGUCAACGAGGCAAAAGUGGACAAAAUGGAUGGCACAUCUAAAGAGGACGUAAAAACUUUGAGACCCGUCAGGAACAGACGGUAUACACGAAGAUGCUUAGUAGCAGGUCAACGACCACAAAAAAGGCUUUUUACUCCAGAAAUAAAGCGGUAUUUGAAAGAUUGGCUCGUACGCCGAAGAGACAAUCCUUACCCAAACCGCGAAGAAAAAAAACACCUGUCUAGAGAAACAGGGCUCACUUAUAUUCAAAUAUGUAACUGGUUUGCAAACUGGCGGAGGAAGUUAAAGAAUGUAAACGCAGAUCGAAACCAAUUGACAUGGGGACAUCUCAUCCGUACUUACAACGAUCGUGCGCAAGGAAACGUAGAACAAUUUAGUAUCAGCUCGGAUGAUAGCAUAUGGAGCGAACCGGGACCUGAAAGUCCAGAACCACAACUAGACAUCGACAUAAGAACAGAGAGCAACGUAGAGUCUGACAACGCUUGUAACCAAGAUACUGACAGCUCUUCCACAUCACGCGAAAAGUAUGAAAGUUUCAAUAACAAUUCCAACGAAAUAGAGCGGUGCGAUAAAUCUUCCUGUGAUAAGAUAACUAGUCCCAUACUUCUAAGCAAAUGGCUCGAAAGCGCAGCUAGAUUCCAGCCUAGCGAAGCCAACUACUCGUGGUGGGCGGAAGGGAGACGGCGAAAGGAGCCAAAAGUCCGUGUCGCGAUCAGUACCUUGAGGCACGACAGAGAUGAAGUAGAAGCCGCAGUCGCUCUUACAGCUUUAGCGACUAGUCGCAUCACCGCACCA